AUGGCGCAUUUAAUGGUGCACUUGGUUGAAGAAGUUAAACUUGGUGGUCCAGUGCACUAUCGAUGGAUGUACCCUCUGGAGAGAUCAUUUGUCCGGCUGAAAGCACUUGUGCGCAAUAGAGCAUUUCCUGAAGGUUCAAUUGCUGAAGGGUAUCUUGCCCAAGAAUGCUUGACCUUUUGUUCAAGAUUUCUAGAAGGAACUACACGUUUUACAAGACCAUCAAGAAACCCUGCUCCGUCAGAAAAGAUAAAAGAUUUGUACAUGUUCAAUAGUGCUGGUGAACCAAUUGGAAAGGCUAUCCCGGUUGGGCAGUUUAAUAGCCGUCUUCUAAUUCAAGCACAUCGAUAUGUCUUACGACAUUGUGAUGAACUUGCAGAUUUCCGCAAAGAAUUUGUGGCCGAAGAGAAUAGCAAAGGAUGUGAGUCAGCUAAAUUGACAGAAGCUGAUAGCACUAAGUUAAUUAAUGGACACUUUGCUGACUGGUUGGAACAAAAGGUUUUACAAAGUGAUGGGCCAAAUAUAACAGAAAAGGUAAGAGCUUUGGCUGCAAAGCCAAAGAGAUAUGGGGUGCGCUACAGUGGCUAUGUCAUCAACGGCUUCAGGUUUCACACGAUGAGUCAUGACUCAGGGCAUGUCACACAAAAUAGUGGUGUAGUGAACAUUGCAGAAAAUGGUGUUCGAUAUUAUGGCAGAUUAACUGACAUAUUUGAAUUGUCCUAUAAUGAUUACAAGGUGGUGUUCUUUAAUUGUGAUUGGUAUGAUGUCUACCACAAAGUUGGCAUUCAAACCGAUGAGUUUGGGUUCAUUCUUGUGAACAAGUCUCGGAAAAUACACACAGGAGAUCAGUUAGAGGAUGAUCCUUUUGUAUUUUCUUCCCAGGUGCAGCAGGUUUUCUAUGUUCAAGAUCCAAAAGCUGAACUAUGGAAUGUAGUAGUGGAAGUCAGGUCUCGUGACCUUUUUGACAUGGGUGAUGAAGAAUCAUCAGAUGAAACAGAUUAGAGCAUUGUGCUUUUGGUUGUUUGGAGGCGGCCCACAGGAAAUUCAGCAUUCAGAAGCCUGAAGUACUGGUGGAAGCUCUUUGAUGCUGUGGUUCUUUGCAUGCAGCUGCAAUUUUAGUUAUGGUUUUAGUAGUAGUUUAGGAGCACCAUGUCAGAAUGCUUUAUUAUAGUUUAUGGUUGUUGUCUUUUUUUGGUACUAAUUCAGGGCACAACCCAAGUAUACUUGGGUUUUAAUUGUGCAAGACACUAGAC